AUGGUGAUAAGAGUGCGGGAUGUGGAGUGGGGCCAAUCGGAGAGUGCAUUAUAUCUCAAACUUGAACUGCAUGGGAGCAGUCCGUCGUCGGUGGACAUUGUGUGCACGAGGAGAUACAUCAAAGUAUAUAACCCCACCAAUCAGGCCAAUUACCAGCCUUACUUGUUUGAGUGUCUGCUCUAUGCAGAUGUGGAAGAGGACGAGUCAACUGUGGUGAUAAAAGAAGGACAAAUAAUGUUCAAUCUGAGAAAAGUAGUCCCCGAAGUGUGGCCGACGUUCAUGUCGGAGGAGAAGACUAGUCAAAUCGAGCUGUUCAAGGAAAAGGAGAACAAGAAAGUGGCAGAUGGACUGACAGCCCUGAAGGUGGCCUCCCCGAGUCAUCCAUCGACCACCAGACAAAAUGAGUCUCCUAAAGAAUUCCCAAUUCGUGAUGCCGGGAAAAUAAAAAUGUCAUUCACUGAGCGAUAUUUCCCAACACCCUCUCGGGAGUCGAGGGCGGAAGAGGAGGAGGAAGUGAGUGGUGAAUCAUAA